AUGAUGGAAGCAAAAUUAGAUGAUUACGUGAUUCAACAACGACUUGCACCGGCACUAUUUGGUGAUGUGCUUUUAUGUAUACAUAAACCCACGGGUGACCUUGUAGCUGUGAAACGUGUGCUACAGAGUGCUGCACAUGCCCAAUUGACAUUGGCUACGAACAAGAAAGUGCGUGAGAAUGUUGCAUUAGAACGUGCAUUGUACCAUCAGCUUAAUCGUGUGGGUGGACAUCGGAAUGUGCUUAAACUACGUGAUGAGCUGGAGUUUGAUGGCUACUUGUACCUUGUAUCGGACUAUUGCACACGUGGAGAACUCUAUGAGAUAGUUAGCUCUGCUCCGGAUGGAAAACUCGAGCUGUCGGUUAUUCAAAAGUACAUGCGUCAGAUUGCUAGUGGCGUCCAGUUCUUACAUGUAAAUGGCUUUGCACAUCGUGAUUUAUCACUGGAGAAUGUGCUUGUAUCAAAUGACGACCAGUGUCAAGUAUGUGACUUUGGACUCGCUACUUCUACGGCUAAACCGAGUCAUGAGACUGUGGGUAAACUCUUUUAUAUGGCACCCGAGGUACUAGCAGGUGUUCAGUACGAUGCUACCAAGGCUGAUGUCUGGUCACUAGGUGUAAUGCUGUUUAUUAUGUUGAUUGGUGCACCGCCAGUCGAGACAGCAUCAUCAUCAGAUGCGAGAUUUCGACUUAUGACGAGUAAAGGUGUGAGGAAACUCAUUGAUCGAUGGGGACUCACAGAUGAUCUUCCACCUGCUGCCAUUGAUCUCAUUGCCAACAUGCUUGAAAUUGACCCGGAACAGCGCAUCUCGAUGAGCAAGGUUGUGUCCCACCCGUUUCUGCUAAGUUCCAGCUCUGUUGCCUCAUCGCAGCGGAUUGUGAUGCCCAAGAUUGAGCAAAUUCGUAUAACCUCACCAGUCAAGACUCCACAGCCUACCGCGUCUUACUCAUCAGUACCGUCCACAUCGUCAAGACGCCACGAGUCGGAUGGUAUCGAACGCAGUAGAUGCCGUCUUUUGUUCCACAAAAUCCAUCGCUUUUUCUCACGCCGCCACAAUAAACGUGUAAUGGCGGUGAACCAUGGCAGUGAACCAUUGAAGGGAGCGCACGCCAAGCGUUUAGCACGUGCUGCUUGA